ACAAAUCACCUGAGAACAACAAGACAAUGAAGCUCUGAACAGCACAGCUGAGCCCGGAUUCGUUCAGCUGGGAAGAUGUAUGAAAAGUGCCUGACCGCAGUAACAGGAUUUCACUUUUGAUUAUUUCUCGUUUGGCUGUUUAGAGUAAACUGCAGGUGGUGAGGAUGUCUUCAGUAUCAGCUGCAGACUCUCAGUGCAAAACUGGAGACGCUAUCUGUGAGAUCCGAGUGUACGAACAGGAGGUGAUUGUCGUGCCAGUCUUCCUGCUGGCGAGCUUUCUGGUAACUCUGGUCUUCAUUUUACUGCUGCGCUUCUGCCCAGAGAAGGUCGAUCGUAUCCGUCCAAAGUCAAAGGUCACUACCAGGAGGAUACUGCAUGGCAUUGAUGCUCCAUCAGGUAUCAAUGUUCUGGAGCAUGAAAGCAUUGCUUUGGACAUGCCCAAUUCCUACUCCACCUUCCAGUCCCCGCACACCUACCUCAAUAAAGCAUUUUCCAAUUCUGUGGAGACACUCCCUCAACAUCCCAGCCCACCGCCACAGGAGACUUUCAAGCCCACUUUCACUCUCCCGCCGCAGCCCAGAGAGCUGCCCCGCCAGAGGCUCCCCGAGUCCUUCAACCUGGUCACGCCUCUCUCUGGCACCUUCUCCCUGCGCACAGACUCCUCCGUGUCCAUCUACAGGGCCCGUAUGGAAAACAGGAAUGUGGUACUGCGAGUACUAAAUGACUCAGCUAAUGCCACAGAAAGGCACAACUUCCUGGGCUUUGCUUCCUUCCUGGCCCAGCUCGGACCACAUCCGUUCCUGCCUGAGCUCCUAGGUGUGGUGUCACUGCGAGCUCCCCUGGUUACAGUUGUGGAAGAACUGGAAAACAGAGACCUGCUCAGCUUCUUGUGGAGAUGCAGAGAGGACAAUGUGGAUCCGCCAUGUGAAAUGACAGAGAGACGAAUAUUUACCAUGGCAAACCAGGUGGCCAGUGCACUGGCGUUCCUUCACAGUAAAGAUCUUCUCCAUGGAAACAUCCGUGCCCGUAGUGUACUGAUCAGUAAGAUGUUCACAGCCAAGCUUUGGGGCCUGCAUGGAGUCUAUACACGAAAGAACCAAGGAGCCACGCAGAGGGAGGAUCCGAGCAUGAAGAAAUGGCAGGCACCAGAGGUGCUAGCCAAGAGGCCUGCCAGUGAGAAAAGCGACGUCUGGUCCUUUGGUAUCUUAUUGUAUGAAAUGACAACUUUGGGUGAAGCUCCGUUUGCAGAGAUCCCGGCUAAUGAGCUUCUGCAGUUUCAUCAGCGAGGAAAAAAUCUUAAAAAACCAUCUAACUGCUCCAACGCACUGUACACGAUCAUUAAAGGUUGCUGCCAGUGGAAGGAUCAAGAAAGACCCACUCUGGCUGAAGUGAGCAAGAAGCUGGCUUCAGGAGAGAAGGCGGCCUCUGACAAGGUCAUCAAGGCAUCUGGGACAGUUAACAUUGAGCAGUACCUUCAAGAAGCUGGAUACGGCGAAGCCAACAGCUACACUGUUUUCUGAUUGCAGUUAUCCUCAGCAAAAGUACUUUUACAAAACAAAAAAAUGACGUUCAGAUGCAAUACAAUAGCUCAAAACUCUGGGUAUGAUCACUCUGGGAAUUGAAAUUGCUCCUUUUUCCUUCU